AUGACCGAAAAUAUUGAUAAAACAAAUGUAGAUUCCGGGUUAACUAUUAAAUUUAGUGAUGAAGAUGAUAAACCAGUUUGGGAAGAAAUUCAGAAGGUUAUUUUUCAGGAAAAAGAAACCGCCAAACCCAAAACUUACUUUUUAACCGGUAAUAUUUUGGAGAAACUAAAACAAAGAGUCAACAAGAAAGAAAGUAUUAUCGGAGGAAAAACUUAUAAGGUUGAGAGUUAUGGACAAAUUUUUUAUCGUCUAAAAAUAAAUGCUGGAACCCAAGAACGACCAGAUAUUCAUUAUGUUUGGGCUUACAAAAAUGUUUUAGAUGAUCCAGAAGAAGAUUGA